AUGAAUCACUUUCCCGAAGCUUGGGGUCGCCCUAGGGAUGACGUUUACGGACCCUACAACGCCUCAUACCUCCAGACAACUGGUCCGAAAACCCACACUCAGUCACCUGCUGUGACUGGUACGUCGGUAGUGGCAGUCAAGUUUAACGGCGGAGUUGCAAUUGCUGCCGAUAACCUAGCAUCAUACGGGUCUCUUGCCCGCUUCGCUGAUGUGAAACGUCUUCGCAAGUUUGGCGAUUCUGCCAUCAUCGGAUUCAGUGGUGACGUUUCGGAUAUGCAGUAUAUCGACCGACUACUGGAGUCCAUCGAUAUCAGAGAAAAUUACUCUACCCACGGAAACACGUUGAACGCCAAGAACCUUCAUACUUAUUUGUCGAAAGUUUUCUACAAGCGCCGUUCUGAGUUCAACCCCCUCUGGAACCACAUCUUGGUGGCCGGGUUUGAUGGAGACAAGAAGCCAUUCCUCAGUUCUGCGGAUCUGCUGGGGACCACCUUCUCAGCUCCUCAUCUCGCGACCGGCUUUGGUGCCCAUCUUGCCGUUCCAAUCCUUCGCCGGCUGUUCCCAGAGGAAAGGCCUCUCGAGUCAAUCACCAAGGAUGAGGCCGUGGCGGCGCUAAGGGAAUGUAUCAAGGUUCUCUGGUACCGUGAUGCGCGGAGUCUGGACAAGUACUCCUUAGCUGUUAUUACUGAAGAGGGAGUUGAGAUUCAGGAGGACCAGCAGGUUGAAGCCCAGAGCUGGGCAUUCGCCGAAACCAUCAAGGGAUAUGGGGCUCAGGUUAACUAG